AGGCGUUUCCUCACAAUCGCCCUCACAAACUACUCCAAACUCCUGUACACUCCAUAGUCCAUCUCCUUUGCAAUGCAGAUUUUCGUGAAGACGCUCACUGGCAAGACCAUCACUCUUGAGGUCGAGUCCUCUGAUACCAUCGAUAACGUCAAGGCCAAGAUCCAAGACAAGGAGGGGUAUGUAUACAUCCUGGUCAAUGCCACUUGCAGCUGAUGGUUGUGUCUGCAGUAUUCCACCUGACCAGCAGCGUCUCAUUUUUGCUGGCAAGCAGCUUGAGGAUGGUCGAACACUCUCCGACUACAAUAUCCAGAAGGAGUCUACCCUUCACUUGGUCCUGCGUCUCCGUGGAGGCAUGCAGAUCUUCGUUAAGACCCUCACGGGCAAGACGAUUACGUUGGAGGUGGAGUCAUCAGACACCAUCGACAAUGUCAAGGCGAAGAUUCAGGACAAGGAGGGUAUCCCACCAGACCAGCAGCGUCUGAUCUUUGCUGGGAAGCAGUUGGAAGACGGUCGCACUUUGUCGGAUUACAACAUCCAGAAGGAGAGUACCCUUCACCUUGUGCUACGUCUUCGUGGUGGGCUCUAGUAUCGAGUGUUCUCGCAUACCUAUCGUUUAUUUGACAUCACCGUAGUAUCCUGCUGUAGUAUCAUCCCAUCAUCAUUACAUCGUACUAUGAACUUUAUAUUCCUCAAUCCCAAUGAACUUCCUCCGAGAUACAUUUC